GUGGAUUAAGUUUAAACAAAAAAAUCCCUUUUUUUUAUUUUCUCUUCUUUAUUCCUUUUUUAAAACAAAAUUGUACGUUUUCAACAAAUAAUGGCCUUCAAGUUUAACUGGCCAGAAUUCGAUGCUGUAUUUUAUACAGAGGCCAAGGCACAGUUAGAAACUGCCUUAAAUAAGGGAAAUAAACCUAAAAACAUUGUUGAUCAUAUCUCAGUAACAGAAUUAAAUAUGGGCACCACUGCCCCAGACUUGGAAAUAUUAGAGAUUGGCGAACUUUCCACCGAUACAUUUCGUGGUAUUUUUAAACUGACUUAUUGUGGAGAUGCUUAUAUUGUUAUUCAGACAAGAGUACAGGCUAAUCCAAUGCAUGCAAAAGAAUCCGAUUUGCCCCGGCAUACUCGACCCAAUAUCUUGGCUGCUGAUCAGCCACUCAUUGUGCCAAUGCUUUUGAGAAUCAGUGACCUCAAGUUACGAGGUAUUGUGGUACUUGUAGUGUCGAAAACAAAAGGCAUCACACUUGUGUUUAAAAAUGACCCUUUAGAGAGCAUCUUGGUUAGUUCCACAUUUGAUGAUGUAACAAGUGUCCGAACGUUUCUACAACGUGAAAUUGAAAACCAGUUACGUAACUUGUUUCAAGAAGAUUUGCCAGCCAUGAUACAUAACCUCAGUUUACGAUACAUUCAAGCUGAACAAGAAAAGAAGCAAAAGUUUUCAACCACUCGCUCCGUAUUUUCUGAUCCCGGCAUGAGAAUAACAACCCCUAAAAGCAAACAAAACGAUUUUGAUGCGUUUUCUAUGCCAGACCUUACGCCUCAACCUAUGUAUUCAACAAGAAGCGAUAUUUUUUAUGAUAUACCAGCCUAUAGUAGUUUCAGCGAUCUCUAUUACGAUAAAAGCGCUCCAGUCACUGCAGCCAACUUGUCUACACUCAAUGCACUAUAUAGUAGUCGAUUUGCAGCACUCAAAACACCACCAUUUUCCGAACAAGAAAAGACAUUGGAUGAGGAUGAAUAUUCAUCCUGUCCGUUUGAAGAAAACGCUUCUUCUGUGAAUUCCAUGGUAGCAGCCGAACUCUAUGCUGACGAUAUUGAUGCACCAUGGUAUAUCACAGAAGGGCCUUCUAUUGAUAUCGACAAUCAAAAGACUUUGACAUUGGACCAGGACAUUGUCCUGAAUCCUCAAGAAAAUACAGUGGCAGCCAAGCUGGCUAAGCUCGCUACUGUACAUCAUACCAUUUCCCCCUUUUCACACACAUUUGAACACUUUACAUUUCGCUCCUUACCGCAUACUGUCAAGAUUGACAAGAAAUUGAAAAAGAAACCCAGGAGACGUAUCAUUCGAUGGAACACCACCCAAUAAUGCUGAUUAUUUAUUCCCCCUCUCCCCCUCUCCUCCUCUCCUCUCCUCUCCUCUCCUCUCC